AUGAGAGAACGCAUUCCACACAGCCUCAGUGGACAUGUACUGAAUGUAGAACUGCUUGGAGACCCAGGAAUGCUUCACAGGGCAAAGUACAGUCGUUUUAGGAACGAGUCCCUCGCAUCCUUCGAGGAAGAUGCACAGAGUGGACCUCUGCAUCUUAAAGGUUCUCCGUCAUCUCAUUCCCCAACACCGAAUAUGCCCGUCGACAGUGUUGCCAUAGGGACGCCGGACAGCCCCGUGGCUCUGUGCGCCUUGAUACCUCGCAUGGGCAACCUCAAGCUGGCCAACCCUUCCACCCUCCCUAGCUUGAAGAACUUCUGUCUACGGACUAAGGAGGUGCCAAGAAUUAAACUUACAGAAUGUGCAACUGUUCCGAGUGGUCCUACCUCGCCAGAAAUCAACUUGACUGCCUGCCUGUCCUCUUCUUAUCCCCGGGGGAACCUGGACAAGCCACUGAAGGGCAGCCCAAAUGUCCAGAAGGAAAAUCUGUUGCUGGGCACCGAGGAAUCUGCUUUGCUGACCAAACCGGUUAAAGACCUUGGCCGCAAGGGGGGUGAAACUGGUCUGGAGUCUGGGCUCUCAUAUAGCAUCCGAUAUAUGGGCUGUAUUGAAGUGCUGCAGUCAAUGAGAUCUCUGGACUUUGGCACCAGGACCCAAGUCACAAGGGAAGCGAUAAGUCGGCUGUGUGAAGCUGUGCCAGGAACACAUGGGGCCAUCAAAAAGCGGAAGCCUCCGGCUAAAUUUCUGUCUCCAGUUCUUGGUAAAAGUAACCUUCAGUUCUCUGGUAUUAAUAUAAAAUUGACCAUCUCAACAAGCAGUCUGACUCUAAUGAACAGUGAAACCCAACAGAUUAUUGCAAACCAUCACAUGCAGUCCAUUUCUUUUGCCUCUGGGGGAGAUCCCGAUACAACAGACUACGUUGCCUAUGUUGCAAAAGAUCCUGUUAAUCAAAGAGCAUGCCAUAUAUUGGAAUGUCCCAGCGGGGUAGCCCAGGAAGUCAUCAAUACCAUAGGGCAAGCCUUUGAACUUCGCUUCAAACAGUACUUGAAGAAUCCGUCGACCUUGAUUGCUUCCAAUGAAAGUGAGGUGGUGAAUCCAGGCGGAUCAACGUGGAACAUUCAGGACAAAGAGGAUCACGAAUACUAUAAUGAAAUCUCAGGGAACGAGCCUCCUGCAGGGGGGCUGUUGGACAUCAGGCUGAAGGUCCCCACAGAUGCAAACUGCCCCACACACUGUGAACAGCAAUACAGUUCAACCAUGAGUCCUAAAUCCACAAAUAUUUAUGAAAACUGCACAGAGGGGUUCAAGGCUGUAGAUAUUGGUGGUGAACAACGGCAAGUGGCCAAUAAAGACGCUCCAUCAUUGCUGAAAAAUGCAAGCAAAGUAGACCUUUUUGAUGAUCCUCGAUACAUCAAUACUCAGAAUUUGCCAGCCACACCCUGCGCUACCAGAAACUUAACAUCGGUACCAACCUGUGGAAGUCCACUGCAUUAUUCCAAAUCCUUGGAAGCACUUGAGCAGAAUCUUUCCUGCAAUAUGGCUGCUGUUGGAGGUGUCGUAGGCAUAAAGCAACAGCUGUGGAAUGAAGAGUGCUACCAUGGGAUGUUAACCAGGAAAGCUGCAGAGAGCCUCUUAGUGAACGAUGGGGAUUUUUUGGUGCGAGAAAGUGCGACAUCACCAGGCCAGUAUGUUCUGAGUGGAUUGCAAAGAGGCCAACCAAAACAUCUGUUGCUGGUGGAUCCUGAAGGGAAGGUGCGAACUAAAGACCACACAUUUGACAGCGUUGGUCACCUGAUUCGCUACCACAUGGAGAACAAACUGCCAAUCAUCUCGUCUGGAAGUGAAUUAAAUCUGAACCAGCCAGUGAGGAAAGGGACUGGGUACUCAGAAUACAACUAGUAAUUUAGUUGGUUCACAUAAUCUUCAAGACAAUUCUCCCCCCCUCCCCUUGACAAAAAACCCUCUAGAUUCAACUGCUGCAAGUAAACUCCACAGCGAGUAGACAGCACCUCUAGAUGCUGUUACAGAAGGACUACUUUUGUGUGUGUCUGUACAUAUGCCAAUGUGUGUAUCUACUUACAGUUCUGUAGUUCCACCCACAAAGCUAUAUAGUUCUACUUUAGCAAAACAAAUCCUUGAAGAUUAAGAGAAUAUUUGGGGAGAAGUUAUGCA